GAUUUUUGGAAUAACCUAAUUAAAUUUGUUUAUGUAAAUCGGAGUAUAUUCUUUAUUUAUGUAUUUGUUUUUGGGUUUUUUGCCUAAAUAAUAAUAAACUAAAGUCCUUUUUAACAAACAGUAAUGUUUUACCACAUAUCUUUGGAACAUGAGAUUCUCCUUCAUCCACAGUAUUUCGGGCCCCAGUUGCUCGAAAAAGUUAAAACUAAACUUUACACGGAAGUUGAAGGAACUUGUACGGGAAAAUAUGGAUUUGUCAUAGCAGUUACCACGAUUGAUAGUAUUGGAGCAGGACUAAUUUUACCAGGUCAAGGAUUUGUUGUCUAUCCAGUAAAAUAUAAGGCAAUCGUUUUCCGACCAUUUAAGGGAGAAGUAUUAGAUGCAGUUGUAAGACAAGUCAACAAAGUUGGUAUGUUUGCUGAAAUUGGGCCUUUGUCUUGUUUUAUUUCACACCAUUCUAUACCUUCAGAAAUGGAGUUUUGUCCUAAUGUUAAUCCACAAUGCUACAAAACUAAAGAUGAAGAUGUAGUUAUUCAUGCUGAGGGUGAAAUACGAUUAAAAAUUGUUGGUACUAGAGUGGAUGCCAGUGGAAUUUUUGCUAUUGGAACACUUAUGGAUGAUUAUCUAGGACUGAUAAGCAAUUAAUUUAUUUGUAAAUAGGAUUUUAGAAAAUAAAAGUAUUUUAAGAUUUUUUUUAUAUUAAUGUAAAAAUGAAGGCAAAAUAAAAGUUACAGUUUUAUAAGCUAACUUUUAUUAAGAAUAACAUAAUAUUUCUCAAAGUAACAAGCUCUUGUAAUUUUUAA